AUGGAUGCAUGUUUUCGCCUGAAACAGCGGGCCAUCUCCAACGAGAUAAGGGAUCCGGCUUUGAGCAACGGUUGGGCGUACAUGGUUGAAUGGGAGCCGUACAAGAAAUAUUUGCUUCAAGUCGGCGAUCAGCAAGAGAUCAGUACGUGCACUGGACUGGCGGCUCUGGAUUAUGCAAAUUCGAAAUUUUCUCGGGGUUACAGUGUAACUGGGGUCGGCAUGGGAGUUUGCGCUCGACACGAGUUCGUUCAGCCAACAGGUGUGGGAGAUCUCCAAGCUGGCGAACGGUUCGGGAAUAUGGACUAUAUUUUUGGGUGUAUCUUGAGACACCUCCAUCUGCUGCUCCGAAAACUCAUAUCCUAUGACAUCGCAUGUCAAUGGUGGAAGAACCUCUUUGAACGUCUUCGGAAAUUACCCCCAAUGCUUUGUCUUCUGCUGGUGCAAGAAGUUUUCAUGAAGCUGUUCAUCUUUGUCGUUCCAAAACUCCACAUACUCGGCCAUACGACAACUUGUCAACUGCUCUACUCUCUCAACUAUACGCUGGGCGGAGGACAAACGGAUGGAGAGGGGAUUGAACGACCGUGGAGUAUGAUUGGGGGAGUAGCUGCUAGCACCAGAGUCAGCGGACCAGUGUUCAGCAAGCGGCUUUUGACCGAAUUCUUGCUCGAUCAAGCCGAGCGUGUCCCUAUUUGGAAAGCCAUGGUGCAUGAGUACAAAGCCGAUGGUACAAAACCUAAUCCUUAUGAAAGCAAAGUCCAGGGGCUUACCGAGGCACAAGCCGGCGACGUAUUCACGAAAUCAGCCCAGUCAACUUUGUGGUGGAUUUACUCGAGGUCGAAAGCGAACAACGUCGCGUCGCUGGGCUGGCCGAACUUAAAAAAAGCUAAAUCAACCACCAUGAAGAUCAAUCUUCGGCCCCUUCGACGAGCCCUCAACAAACGGAUUCUCAAGGUCCGGCAGCUACAAGCUACCUAUAUUCCGGCUGCGUUGCAGAAGCUCAAGGAACUGGAGGUUGCGGAAGAUUUGCUCCCUGAGAAGGUUCCCUUGCUACCCCCUUCAGCAUUGACAAAGAUGGAGCGAGAAAAUGGGGGCUGUCUGGAGGGUCUGGUCGAGAUUGAGCAGGGUAUGCGUGAAGCUCAGUGUUGGGCCGCGCUUGUGGGAUUGCGCAACCAAUUGCUCGUCAAAUACCGGCUCCUGCUGUACAAGGCCAACCACUCCCGAAAUCAGACGAUGAACACGCGUUCCAGAUCGCUUGUCGCGCGGAACGAGAAUAAGGUCCUCUUCUUCUCUCAAAAAUACCAGGCUGCAUGGCUGGCGUUGGUUCUCAUUGCGGGUGGGAUAGAAUCAAAUGUGGGGUGGCGGAGGCUGCGCAAGGAAGACAUCAGGUGUCUCGAGGAUUCAGAGGAGCUUGUCAAGAAGCAAGUCAGAGGCGAAAGAGCCGAGGCCCGUCGUGCCUGGGACGAGAAAGAAAUGCGUGGAGCUGGCAUCAUUCCGUUGAAUAUCCAUCGUGUGCAAAACGACAAAGAAUCGGAUGAAGAUGAUGAAUUGGUAGGCACUGCGAUUCUGUCUGGUGAGAGUCGGAGGGUUAUCUCUUGGAUCUGGACGACUGCUGGUAUGACAGGCUCGGAUAUAGAGGUGGAAGAAGCUCUCCAAAUUGAAUGGGUGAAAGCAUACGCGCGAGUGCGACGAUGGAACAAGGAGGUCAUGCUGUUGCGGGAAGAAUGGCGUCGAUUGCCCGAGUCAUUUGCUCACGAGGAGCGGGUAUGGAAGAAGAGGGCCACUAGCGUUCCUGUCGGGUCGAUUCCUACUGCAGAUGCAGAAGGAAUGAUUGUGUAUGCCCUCAAGCACGUGGACAUGUACUACGACCUGGCUCGAAGGGCAGAGGUUAUACGAACGCAGCCCAAGCUCGGGAAAGGCGUGCGGCGCCCAACACAGCGGGAGGGGCGGCCAAUCGGACUACCUGCUGAAAGCCCGGCGCUAUCGGAAGUAGAGGAUGCGGAAGUUGAUGGCAUCAUUGAGCGGGAUGAAAGCGACGACCAAGGGAAUAUAAGCGAUGAGGAGCUGUUACUUACGGGCAAGAUUGACGACUGGUAG